AUGUUACAUCAAUCUCUUAAAACAGUGAAAAAUUUGACUAGCAAUGCUGAACUCUUUGCAAGUAUAUCUCGAAGAUUCCUCGAUAUGUUUGUUACAUUUCCAGUCCCACUUUACCUUCGAGUAGCGUUUCACGAUGCAGGGACUUUUGAUGUAGUUACAAAGAAAGGUGGCCCAAAUGCAAGUGUGUUGAAUUCCAUAGAGAUGAAUAGGACUGAGAACAGUGGAUUCUUAAACAUUAAAGAUACUUAUUUGAAUAUUAAAACUGAAAACCCAGCAGCAUCGAUGGCAGACAUCAUUCAAAUAGGAGGCUAUGUCGCUGUGAGUCAUUGUGGAGGUCCAGUAAUGCCAUUUAGAUUUGGAAGAGUUGACUGCAGCGGGUCAGAAAGUGACACAGAUGGGCAAAUACCCUUCCCAUCUACCAAAAACAUUAGAGCAAUCUUCCGUAAUAUGGGAUUUUCUGAUGUUGAGCUUGUAGCUUUAAGCGGAGCUCAUACUUUGGGAGGCAUAAGAUUCAACCCACCUGGGACAUUUACACCAUUUACAACGAAUCCAUUGGUAUUUGAUAAUAGCUAUUUCAAACUAUUGUUACAGACUAAAAAUCCUCAGCUUGCAAGAUUGAUUUCUGACUCAUUUUUAACCGUAGAUCCAGACUUGUUGAAUAUUGUGCAGCAAUUCGCAAAUGACCAGAAUCUUUUCUUUUCAGAAUAUACCAAAGCUCAUGUUAAGCUUUCUGAGCUUGGAUACCAUUAA